AUUGAUUUGGAAAUCAAAGAUUUCGACGACAUUCCGCUGAGAAUUGCGGAACAGGUACAGGAUCAAUUAUUGGAACAGAAGAAAGAAGUUAUUGCUGAACCAAUCAAACUGCUACGAAAUUCUGUGAAGCUUGGUAUGAUGUUAGCUGGCAAAAACAUUUCUGGAUUUGAAAACAAAACGAUUCGGCUUGCUUCGCCAAGAUUUUUCGGCAUCGUUCCCGAAGAUGUCAGCAAUGAUGAGACUCGUUUACUGUCACCGUCACUUUUCAAUUUGCAUGAAGAAGGUGAUGAAGUGGAGAAACUGUUCAGCAUUCCAAGCUUUAUUCGAGCAGUUAAAUCCAUUAAGAUUGGCGAUCACGAGGACUUGUUAGAUUUCAUUUUCGAAGCUGCUGGUGUCACAGACGCUCUUGAUUCUGCCAAAGAGAAACUAAAGCAAAAAGGUGAGACGGUGAAUACAGCACGAGGUAUCGAUGGACAACCGCUUUACUUCACCAAAUCUAACGUAACGGAGUUGUACGGCGAUGUGGAAGAACGCAAAAUCGAUACAUUCGAAACACUUUAUAAAUCCUUGACGCCAGAGCAGGUGCGACGCUUUUGA